AGAAGCUGCUAUAGUUUUCUGGGAGCAGGGUUCUCUGUUGGUCCUAUGGGGAACAGUGAUGAUAGUAAAAAGCUUACUACAACUUCAGAAAUGGAGAAUCUUUCUUUGGGCAUUUCAACAAACAGGUUUUCAAGAGACUUGUUGCAGCGGUUUAUGGGUGGUGGUAGCCAACAUGAGAAAGCCAAAGAGGAUGAUGAGGGGAUUGAGUUGAAUCUUGGGUUGUCAUUGGGUGGAAGAGUCGGUGUGGAGAAGAAUUCAAUGAAUUUGGUGCGGUCUUCUUCUGUAGCAAGUUGUUUACCUCUGGUGAGGGAUGAUAAUGAUGCGGUGGCCCCGUCCACUGCGGCGUAUGCAGGCCUUGUUAGGACUUCUUCGCUGCCGGUGGAGACUGAGGAGGAGUGGAGAAAGAGGAAGAAGUUGCAGACCUUGAGAAGAAUGGAGGCUAAGAGGAGGAGAUCAGAAAAGCAGAGGAAUUUAAAGGGUGAUAAGGAAGUAGGUGAAAGUGGUAGCCGUGGAAAGUUGAGCUUGGAGGAGUUUAGUUCUAAAGGAAAGGGAAGUUAUGUGGGAAAAGGCUUAGGAUCAAUUGAAUCGAAAAGGGGAAGUUCUUUGCUUGCCUCGGAUUUGGAGAGUAAGACUUCAGAAGGAUCCAGUGGUGAGUCUUUGCAAGAAGGAAGCAAUCAUGACAUCCCCUCUUCAGGGUCCAACAGAAGAGAAAGCACUAGUCAAGCAAAAGGAUCUGAGACGGAGAACCCAUCUAAGCGUGCCGACUCCUCAAGAACUCAAGGGAGGGAAAUCCCAACAAAUUCAAUGGACGAUAUGCCUUGUGUUUUCACAGUAGGAGAUGGACCCAAUGGCAGAAGGGUGGACGGAAUACUGUACAGAUAUGGUAAAAGAGAAGAAGUUAGAAUAAUGUGCAUAUGCCAUGGCAGCUUCCAUUCACCAGCAGAGUUCAUCAAGCACGCUGGAGGGACGGACGUUGAUCACCCGCUCAAGCAUAUAGUAAUAAACCGGAACUCGCCUUCUCUUUUGUAAUGGUGGUGUUUGCAUGUCAAAUUAGGGGUAGAUUCUUGCCAAAAUUUGUAAAGAAGAGUGGCUUUUCUAUUUUUUGGAAAGGAUCCUUUGUGACUAACUAAUGUGCUAAACUCAUGUAUUCAUGGGUUAUUACAUUAAAAGUUUGGAUGAUCA